GCUUCUCGCAAGAGUUUGGGACCAUGGAGUCAGCCGGCGCCGGACAGACUCCGUUCACUUGAUUUUCCACAGCUAAAAUUCUGAAAAAUACUUAUUAAUAAUCAUAGGUAGCGAAGAUAGCAUUAGCCGACAUGGAGCUAUAAUGUCUUUUACAGCUCCAGAAACUCGUCGGAGCAGCGGAGUUUUCUUCUGCCGAGCUGGAAGAGCAGUCCUGCUGUAACAGAACGUUCAGACAACAGACGGAGACAACUAUACAGACAACAUGUCCAGCACCAUCAGUCAACCCUGCAAGCAGGAGAGGAAAGGCAGUUUCUUUAAGCUAAUCGACUCAUUUGCCUGGGAAAUCGGCACACUGAAAAAGGAGAUGGGUAAGAAGACUAAGCCUACAGAAGGAGGCCCAGAGACAGAUACACUCCUUGGAAUGGGUGAAGAGGUGGGAGGUCUCUUCCUGCAGGCCUCUCCUCGGGCUGGGAUCGGAUCAGGGCUGUCUGGGGCCAGAGAUUCGGGCUACGACUCUCUUCAUCGGCGGCUCAGUGUUCUGGACAGACUGGUGCACACACACGCUGUGUGGCUACAGCUGGGCCUAAGCCACCAGGAUGCCACACAGAUCCUGCAGAGCCAACCCACUGGGACAUUUGUGGUGAGGAAGUCCACCAGCCUGCAGAGGAAGGUAAUAUCUCUCCGCAUGAACAAAGACUCCGCAGUUCCCGUCAAAGACUUCCCCGUCAAGGAGAGCCAGUACACUUUCUCUUUGGUGGGAUCAGGCCUGAGCUUUGCUGACCUGUUCCGCCUUGUGGCUUUCUGCUGCAUCAGCAGGGACGUGUUGCCCUUCACUCUGAAGCUUCCAGAAGCCAUCGCUUCGGCCAGAACAUCUGCUGAACUUGAGGAGGUUGCUAAACUUGGAGCAGGUUUCUGGGAUGCUCAGGCUGGCCUCGGGAGGAAGGACUUCGUUUCCUUGUCUGGAAUAGCUGCUCCCGACAGACCACCUCCCCCCGCCCAGAGACCAGUCUCCUUGGCCACCACAUCAGGGCGCCCUCGGCUUCGAACUCGCACCCCAUCAGAGCUCGAGUGUUGCCAGUCCAACGGAGCGCUUUGCUUUAUCAAUCCCCUCUUCAUAAAGGUGCACCAAUCAGAUGGCGACCACAGCACAGCUUCAGAUCCCUCUGGUACCGCAAAGCAAGGCCUGAGGGAGGAACUAGAAACCAACAACAAGGACAGUCAAGAAAAUCCUCCAAACUGUAGCUCAGAUCAGACUGACAGCAGCCAGUCAGCUAAAAAAAACCUUCAGAACCUUGGCAAAAACGCAGAGCUACAGGACGAUACCAGCCGAACCAGCAGCAACAGUCAGAAGCUAAGCAUUGCAGAAAGCGUGCCACGAUCACCACCUCCACGUCCACCCCCACCUCGCUUCGCGCCGCAGCACUCAGCCCCUCUCCGACAGCGCAGUAUGCCUGAGAAGAUCUCCUGGAUCAAUGUCCCCAAGGAGAAGGCAGAAGAGAGGGAGAGGGGCAGCAGCAUCCUUUCUCGUCUGGGCUCCUCGCUAAGCAUCAGCCCCUCAUCCUCCCCUCCCAAGAGACUCAGCAUCAGUUCACCCAUAUCCAUCCCCCGGCCCUCCCUGCCCAUCUCUCUAUCAUCGCUCUCCUCCUCUCCACGGCGGGCCAAGGCCUCGCCAUCAUCCAGCCAAGAGGAUGCCCAGUGCCACUUGGCUCUGGAGGACCAGACGAUUGAGCAGGCCCUCAUUAGGGCCAGACUGACUCAGCGUAAUGCUACCAGAGCCCCCGCCCAAGACGCCAGCAACCCUCCAGACCCUUCACCGAUGACAGCAAGCAAGCCGGGAGAUGUGACAGAAGAAGAAACAGGCGAGGAAUGUAGUGGUGGUGGCCAACGGCUGAGUGACAUGAGCCUUUCCACAGAUUCUUCCGACUCUCUGGAUUUCUCCCAGUCCUCAGCCUUCUUCCUCCCUCCCCUGCAUGACCCCAGCCCCCCCACUGUUGCUGACUUUAACACCCAUCUCCCCCUGUCCCUCCCACCAUCCCACCUGCCUUACUGCAGCAUGGAGGAGGACGAUGACGACGAGGACGACGACGAUGAAGACGAGCCUGACUACGGUGUCAGUCUCGAGAGUGAUCAGGACCAAGACCAGGACUUGACCAUGGUGCCUCCAGGCUACCGCACCAAGCGUCGUCCAAGCGCCAGUGCUUUAGUCCUGCAGAAGGCUCUGCGAGGGCACCUACGAAAGAUGAGUGGUGUCUUCAACUCACUGCUGACGCCCGAGAAGAGGGCGAUCCGCAGGGUGGUGGAGCUGUCCAGGGAUAAAGGCUCGUACUUUGGUUGCCUGGUGCAGGACUACCUGAGCUACAUGGGCGAGGGUGCGGGCACCCAGGCCUGGCAGGGCUAUGCUUCAGGACUGGAACUGCUGCAGACUCUCCGCCAGUUUAUCACACAAAUGAAGAGCUACCUGAGACAGAGCUCUGAGCUGGAGCCGCCAAUUGAGAGCCUCAUUCCUGAAGACCAGAUUGACCAAGUCCUGGAGAAGGCCAUGCACAAGUGCGUCCUGAAGCCCCUCAAACCGGUGGUGAGCGUGGCCCUGCAGGAGUUCCAGGUGCGCAGCGGGGAUUGGCAGGAGCUGAAGGAGAACCUGGCAUUGGCGAAGGCCCGGCAGCCGCAGGAAAUGGGCGUGGCCGACACUCUGCCCCCGGACCCCGUGGCCAUAGAGAAGAUCAAGCACAAGUUCCACACCAUGAGCAAACUGUACUCUCCAGAGAAGAAGGUCACCAUGCUGCUGAGGGUCUGCAAGCUCAUCUACACCAUCAUGGAGGACAACUCAGGUCGUCUGUACGGUGCUGAUGACUUCCUGCCUAUGCUGACCUAUGUGUUGGCCCAGUGCGACAUGCCCCAGCUGGACAACGAGAUCCUUUAUAUGAUGGAGCUGCUGGACCCCUCUCUGCUCCACGGAGAAGGUGGUUAUUACCUGACCAGCGCGUAUGGAGCCAUGUCCCUGAUCAGAAACUUCCAGGAGGAGCAAGCAGCCAGAGUGCUGAGCUCUGAAACCAGGAACACGCUGCACCAGUGGCAUCGCCGGCGCACCACGCAGCGUUCUGCACCAUCCAUCGACGACUUCCAGAACUACCUGCGGGUGGCGCUGCAGGAGCUGGACAGCGGCUGCACGGCCAAAACCCUCCAGGUGCAACCUUACGCCACCGUGGAGGAGGUGUGUCAGCUGUGUGCCCAGAAGUUUAAAGUGUCAGACCCCGAGAACUACAGCCUGUUCCUGGUGAUGGAGGGCAGCAGCCAGCAGCUGGCGCCGGACACCCACCCUCAGAAGAUCAAGGCCGAGCUCCACAGCCGCUCCCAGGCCACACCCUUCCACUUUGUCUUUCGCCGCGUGGCCAAAGGAAACACCUCGUCGUCAGCUCCCCUCGAUCUCACACCCAACCUCAAUGACCUCACUGUGACCUCUGACCCCAACCUGAAUGACCUGAGCACGGACCUGUCAGCUCCUUCCCCUCAGCCCAUUCUCGGCUCCGGCCUCAGCCGCUCUCUGAGCCUCAGCCUGCCGCCCAGCCACCUCAACGGCAACUCUAUAUCUAUAUGACUGCAAGAGUCUGAAGGGGGUCUUUGUGUCCCAGCUGUGACAGUAUCAGCCAUUCUCUCCGACAAACACGCCUCCAUACAGGCCUUCAGCGGGGCACGACUCUGUGUCGUGCCAGCCUUUGCAAAAACUUCUCCUUUUGGAUGGCACGUCUGUCUCAGUCAACAUCCCCUCGCUGGAAAGUUCUGUCAGACAGACACGGUGAAAGAGGAAAAGAAGAAAGGAGGGAAGGAAAUGAGAGGAUUUUUUUUUUUUUUUUACUUCCUCGGCUCUAUAUUUGGUAUCUGAACAACUCUCAAAGUCUAAGCACAGAGUUAAAGCAGAGGUGAUGAGCUGACGCUCCUGGCUUAAUUCUGGGGCUUCAUGUGCAGAUUCAGGGUCAGCUGUUAUUGUUACCUUUAGAGGGAAAUCGGAGCUCAGAUCCAUGUGAGACUAAUCUUUGAUCAGUCACUUUAAAUAUACAGCAGAUUGUUUAUUUAGGUGAUAGCUAUAACUAUGGUGUACUUAACAGUUGCUGGUAAACUGUUUUGGUAUGUUGUUUGUGUUUUUAACCUGUUAAUCCUUUUGAUUGUUUAUUUGUUUUGUUGGGUUUGGCGACACCCAGUGGUGGCCAGUGAGUAUAACAAGAGUUUCAUCUAAAACAGAACACUUAAAGCCUCAGGUGGGAAGCGAUAUUCGAUAUGGAAAAAAAAGAAACACAGUAGAUGUAAAAAAAACAAAAAAAAGUAUCUAUGUUAUAUAGUAAAAAGUAUCUUUAUUGAUUUCUAUUAGAAGAAUCCAGUUCCAUUAAAUAUAUGAACCAUUUUUCAUUUGCAUUGAAUGGCUACUUGUGGUGGCAAACACACACGUGUGUUCCUAAAGUAUACUUUCAGAGUUCUGUUUGAAACAGAAUGUUUGGCCUGCAGGUUUUGCAUUCGACAACUUUCACAAGCAUUAAACCUGAAAAAAAAUUCUAGGAUUUCUUUAAAAAAAAAAAUGUAAUAAGCAACUUGGCAAGAAAUGUUCUGCAAACUGCAAAAUAAAAUACUGAAAGAUGACAACAAAAAAUGAUCUGAAAUUUAACUUGAUGUUAUCAAAAUAUGAGUGAAACAUGUCCAGAAAACUAUAUUAAUAUUUUUCUUAAUGUUAUAUUGAAAUUCUGUUACAGACAAAAAGGAAUAAACAGUAUAAUAUAUGUAUGUAUUAUUACUCUUUAAAUAUUUUUCAGCCCUUUCUUCAGGUUUUAUACUGGCUAUUUCCAAGUAAUUUUCCUGUAACUCUCUUUCUUAUUUCUGGCUAAUUUUUGGGCCAUUUCUUGUUAAGUUGUCUGUCGG